AUGUCUGGAAUCCCCGGCUGUCCUGGGAUGGCGUCAGGUGCAGCAGCAAUGGAUUCCCAGGAGAUCAAAGAGCUGCAGCAAGAAGUGAUGGAGGAGCUGGGAAUCUCCAUGGAGGAGCUCCAGGACAUCAUCGACAAAGAGCUGGAGAAGUUCGAGUGGGUGAAGCAGAGGAAGCAGCAGCUGGAGGAGCUGGAGAAGUGCGUGAAGCAGAAGGAAGAAGAGGUGGCUCGCGUGGACCAGCUCUGCGAUGACGCUUCGAGAGCCAUGGAUAAAUGCGAGAUACUGGUGAAGGAUCUCUACUCCAAGCUGGGCCUCCAGUAUCGUGAGAGCAGCUCUGAGGACGAGGACUCGGCUGCCAAGCCCAUGGAAGUGAUCGAGAUCCUGGAUGAUGACGAUGACGUGAUGAGCAUCGAUUCGGGCUGGAAGAACAGCAGUACUAGCUCCAGAGUCGCAAAGGAUCAGACUCUGCUGCGGGAAGCCAUGGCUGCAAUGAGAAAGUCUGCUCAGGAUGUUCAGAAAUUUAUGGAUGCCGUGAACAAGAGAACAAACGCUCAGGAUGCACAAAAAGAUGCACAGACCCCUCAGGAAAUUCUGGGCGCUCCCCAGCCCGUUGGCCCCGCAGUGCCUGGGAGCGAUCUCAGCAACGACGGUGAUCUGAACGUCGGCAUGAGGAUCCUGGGCAAGAAGAGAACCAAGACGUGGCACAAAGGAACUCUGAUUGCCAUCCAGACGGUCGGCGCAGGAAAGAAGUACAAAGUGAAAUUUGAUAAUAAAGGGAAGAGUUUGCUUUCUGGCAAUCACAUCGCUUACGACUAUCACCCCUCGCCUGAGAAACACUACGUUGGCAGCAGGGUUGUGGCCAAAUACAAAGACGGGAAUCAGGUCUGGCUGUAUGCUGGCAUCGUGGCGGAAACCCCAAACGUGAAGAAUAAAGACAGAUUCCUGAUCUUCUUUGAUGACGGCUACGCUUCGUACGUCAAGGAGUGGGAGCUGUACCCCAUCUGCAGGCCACUGAAAAAGACCUGGGAAGACAUCGAAGAUGUUUCCUGUCGGGAUUUCAUCGAGGAGUACAUCACAGCCUACCCCAACCGCCCCAUGGUGCUGCUGAAGAACGGCCAGCUGAUCAAAACGGAGUGGGAAGGCACCUGGUGGAAAUCCAGGGUGGAAGAAGUGGACGGCAGUCUGGUCAAAAUCCUCUUCCUGGACGACAAACGCUGCGAGUGGAUUUACCGGGGUUCCACGCGCCUCGAGCCCAUGUUCAGCAUGAAAACUUCCACGGCCUCCACCCAAGAAAAGAAACAAAGUGGACAAGCAAGGACUCGUCCCAAUGUUGGUGCUGUGAGGAGCAAAGGGCCCGUGGUACAAUACACGCAAGAUUUAACGGGAACUGGCACCCAGUACAAACCUCUCGAGCAGAUGCAGGCGGCCUCGCUGGCCACACGCUCCGUUUCUCCGCAGCCUGCCGAGAUGGAGUGCUCCGACAGUCAGCUGGCCCAGUCGAGAAAGCAAGUGGCCAAGAAGAGCACGUCCUUCCGUCCCAGCUCUGUGGGCUCCGGCCAGUCAUCACCUUCUUCGCCCGUCCUGAGUGACACACCUGCGGCAGGAAGGACCGGCACGUCCCAGCAGCACCGGUGAGCAAACGGCCAGGCGGGCAGCGGCACAGCCCAGGCUUUCCACAGCAUGAUGGACCGCGUGCCCGAGCCCUCGUACCGAGCCCCGCUGGAGAAACUCUUCUACCUGCCACACGUCUGCAGCUACACCUGCCUGUCCCGCGUGCGGCCCAUCUGCAGUGACCAGUACCGCAGCAAGAACCCCCUGCUCAUCCCGCUGCUCUACGACUUCCGCCGCAUGACGGCCCGCCGCCGCGUUAACCGCAAGAUGGGUUUCCACGUCCUCUACAAGACGCCGUGCGGGCUGUGCUUGCGAACCAUGCAGGAGAUCGAGCGCUACCUUUUCGAGACGGACUGCGACUUCCUUUUCCUGGAAAUGUUCUGCCUGGACCCCUACGUGCUGGUAGAUCGCAAAUUCCAGCCCUACAAACCCUACUAUUACAUCGCGGACAUCACCAAGGGCAAGGAGGACGUGCCGCUGUCCUGCGUCAACGAGAUCGACAACACCCCGCCUCCGCAGGUGGCCUACAGCAAAGAACGCAUCCCCGGCAAAGGCGUUUACAUCAACACCCGCUGGGAGUUCCUCGUGGGCUGCGACUGCAAAGACGGCUGCAGGGACAAAUCGAAAUGCGCCUGUCAGCAGCUGACAGUCCAGGCGACGGGCUGCACCCCCGGCGGGCAGAUCAACCCCAACUCAGGGUACCAGCACAAGAGGCUGGAGGAAUGCCUCCCGACCGGGUGA